GGUCUGUCGAGACAAAAGGGAUACUGGUUUGUGACUACCGCUAGCCGUAACACUUUAAUUAGUCGGUAUCCGCCUUCUCUGUCGUCGCCCUCCUCCGCGUGCUUUCACCUGUUGGUGCCGACAAACCGCUCGCGCUCAUCUGUCAUUAUUUUUCUUUUUGCUGGGAAGGGACUGAAUCAAACCAGGUGAAGAUAAAACACCAGAAAAAUGCGAUAAAGUGACCCGUCGGUUUAACACAGGCAGCAGCUGGCGAGGUCAAAGUAACGCUGACAGUACCUGAAAGUGAAACGGCGUUAAAAAAAAAGUUUACUGAAGUGACGCUUCGCUGUUUUUUUUUUUAACUCUCGUGUUUUCCCCUCCGACUUAGUCCUUUGUCACUAUGCUAUGACUCGUCAGAGGACCCGCAUGUCUUGCUGAAGUUGGACCACGUUAUCAGACUCUAAUCGAUGGCCAUUGAAGCUACAGCAGAACAUACUGUUGUUUAUCACGCUUGUGUCUACACACACUGAUAGUCCUUCGCUAAGAGAGAGACCCUGAAACCCAACCACAAACCACCACGCACAGAGGAUAUUAACUCCGCUCUUUCACUUCCACUCUUCAAAGCAAGACUAUAGAAAUGCCCCAACACAAUAUGGAAAACUCCAGGAGUCAGUGGCAGCAGGGUGUGCGGCCUCCGUGGAUCACCAGAAUGACUGAAGGUCAGAGUCCCGCCUCCUCAGGGGCAGAGUCCGAUACAGAAAGUAGCUGCGCAGAGAGCGAGAAGACCUCCAUUAAAAAGUUGGAGGUGGGUUCACUGAGGGUCCUGCCAUCACCCUCCAUGCUCCAACAGCGAAUCACAGAGAUCGACCAGCAGAAGGAAGAGCUAAACAUUGAGCUGCAGCUGGAGAUUGCUUUGCUACAAGGAGAGCUGCAGACAGAGAAGGACCGGCUGCACAAACACACGCAGAAGCUGAAGGAUCUACAGCAGGAGGCCGAGCAAAGAGAGAAGCACAAACACACAGACAGACAAAAGGAACGAGAGAGUCUGGAAGAGGAGCGACGCAGGGUGGAGGAGCUGAAGAGGAGGUGCAAAGAGAAAGAGAAGCUGAUCCCUAGUCAGCCAGAAAGUCAGCGAGAACAGCUAAUGCUGCAGCUGCAGAAGGAGAAGGAGGCGAUGGAGGCAUCAGUUCGGGCCUUUGAGGAUUGGGAGUUUAAUUUUCUGGAGCGAGAGACUGGCAUUGUUGAAGAGGAUGAGAGCAAAUCCAAGGAGGGAGAGAGUGAAGGAGAACUUGAAAAGGAAAUCUCAUGCCAGAAGCUUUUGGUCAACGUUGCACAGGAGCAGGUCCACCGGUUAGAGAGACAGCUGCGGGACAUGGAAAAGGAGAAAGAGAGAGAGAUGAAUGCCUUGAGGAAAGAGAAGAGGGAGCUCAUACACACUCAAAUGGUUCGCAAAGACAAGACGCCGCUCACCGACUGGACUGACAUCACCAGCUCAGCUCCCUGCAUGAUGUCACUUUCUCCUCUGACGGUUCACAAGCCUCCUCAGGAUCCAAGCAAAGAAGGUGUCAGUCUGCCCAGGAGACGAAGCUCCCAUCGCAAUAACAGACUGAACGACAGGCCGGUGUCAGCACAGGUGCUGGUAAGGAUGCAUCCUGACAGCCAGACCCCAGAGGCUUUCACAUCCCCUGUCCUUUCCCAUAGACUGAGCAAUGGGCACGGCAGUGGGCACGGCAGUGGGCACGGCAGUGGGCACGGCAAUGGGCACGGCAAUGGGCACGGCAGUGGGCACGGCAGUGGGCACAGACCUGGGACCAGCAAUGGUGGUGGAGUCCUAACUCCAUGUAAUAGUACAACAAGCUCUCGUGCUGCCAGUCCAUGCCUUUUGGAUCUCAUUGAGAUUGAGAAGAAACUGAGGGAAGCCAAAGCAGAGAGAGAGAGGCUGCUCAGAGAGCGGGAAGAGCAGCGACGAUUGCUAUUGGAGGAGAGAAGACAAAGAGAGCUUAACUCUUCCAGAACAGAACCACCAGAACCAGAGACCCCACAAAGACCAGAGCCAGAACCUGAAGAGCAACAAAGGGUCAUCUCUUCCCCAACCUCCUCUGAGCAGCGUAGCCUGCCCCUCUUCCUCUCUCCAAACUUUGACCUGAGGGCCCAUGUGGAGUCUCUGGGUCAUGGAGUGACUGGCUGCACGGAACUGCGGCUGACGUCACGACGCUGUGCGGGCUUCCUGACCAAACGAGGGGGGAGGGUCAAAACCUGGAAGAAGAGAUGGUUCCUGUUUGACAUGGACCACAAACGACUAGCCUACUAUACAGACUGUGAUGAAAGGAAGCUAAAGGGAGUCAUUUAUUUCCAAGCAAUAGAGGAAGUUUACUACGACCAUCUACGAACAGGCACCUCUUCACCACGGCCCAGUCUGACGUUCUGUGUGAAGACAUAUGACCGUCUGUUCUUUCUGGUGGCUUCCAGUGCAGUGUCCAUGCGGAUCUGGAUGGAUGUUAUUGUCACAGCAACAGACGAGCAUAGUCGUUAUUAACUUUUUGAAGUUAAAAUCCUUGCUUCUGAGCAGGCAGCGCAGGGGGGGUUGUGUUUCCCUCUCUGCUGUCUAAGGGCCGAUCUUGUUGAAGAUCCACCUCAGGAGCUCAUUCGGUACCUGGACUCAUGAAUAUGUGAAUGAAGUGCAUGAGAUACAGAUGUGGUUAAACAGAGUCGUGGAAACUGUUACUGACAGAGUGAUUGAUGGGGACAGAGGUUCACCAGCUGCAAACCACAAGUAGCUUCACUGAGCAGCGUGCACAAUGGGUGUCUGUUACUGGGAGGUGUUAUGUUGAGCUUUACCUCCCCCUGCUGGUCACAAUCCAGCAUUACAAGACUGAUGUACACUACGCAAUAAUACACUAACAGGUGGUGAACUUAAUAACAGCUCCUGUGCAAUACUAUGCAUUCCACUGUAACAGUCCAAAAAUAAGUGUACUUAAAUUAGACUGUCAGAGGCACGUUGAGGUUAAACACUGUGACUGUUUUGUGCUGUAAUUUGUGUUGGAUUGCUUUAUAUUGUCAGAUGUUACCAUUAAAAUGUCCAAAUUU